AUGAACAUUUAUAAAUCGAUUGGACGAUUAUCUUCUUUCAGAUUCUCGACAUCUGUUAUUGAGAUUCUUAAUAAGUUUGAUGAGGAUUAUUAUGUAAAGAAUUUCUUAAAUACAUUCAAUUCAACAGGAUUCCCAUAGGCUAAUCUAAGUAAUAUAAUGUAUUUAUUAUUUUUAGAGAUUGGAAAUAAAAAUUGUAAUCUUAUUGGUUUGCCAAGGACUGGAGUUCAAGAAACAAUAGUAGAUGAUUUAACAGAAUUAUUGCUUAAGGAUUAGAAAAAAAAUAAUUUUUUAAUACAAAUUGAUCCAUCACCUUACUUAUAUGCUAAAAGAUAACUUUAUAAAUUUUAUCAUUCAAAAGUAGAUCCAAUCAUAACUGAUGUAAGAAAUUCUAGUAAUGAAAGAAUUUAUUUGAAUAAUUACCAACUUUACCUAUUGAUACCAAUGAAUUAAGAUUAGAUUUAGCUAUAUUUGAUUCUAUCCAUUUGAUUUAGCAACAUCCUUAAAUAAAUGCAGAAAAUAAAUAAAUCAUUUUUGAAUAUUUGAAUGGAUAAAAGUUAGGAUAUUAUUAAGCAACACUAAAAAAGUUAAAGGAAGCCAUAUUGAAGGAUGGAUAAUUAUCUUAAUAACUAUCAUAAGAGAGUGAUGAAAUGGCAUAAAAAUUUGCAGAUUUAUUAUCAAAUACAAUUCUAUAUAGAGAUUAAAAUUAAAACGAAAUAGUUCAAAUAAGUUUAUUAUAAGCCUUAUAUAUGACAACAUUAAAAGGGUCUAACAUACAUUUAAUAGGAAUGUCAUAAAUUUAUUAGAGAAUAGCUAGUGGAAUAUUCUUAUCAUUGACAGAAGUUAAAGAGAUGUUUAAUAAUAUAUGUUAAGAAAUAUAAAGUAAGAGCAUUAGUGAGAAUAAUUUAAAUUAUUUAUUUGAUUUUUAAACAAUGUUAUGGAAAUAAAAAGGAAUAGAAUAUUACUUAUUAUUUAAUAUUAAUCGUUAUUUAAAGAAUUCAAAAGGAGAUGAUGUUACAGUUGUAGUAGAUGCUUUACAUUAUGAUCCUUUAAGAAUUGCAAUAUCAAAUUAAUAAAAUAAUUUUAUUGAGGAAAUAGAAAAUAGUUAUUUUGCAGAAUUUUAAUAUCCUAAAUUAGAGAAACAAGAGAAUGAUGAUUAAAUGUUGGAAAAACAUGCAAUUCUAAGUUCAAUUUUAUCAUUUUAAAUUUGGAAAGAACCUUGUAUCAAUAAUCCAUUUCCAUAUUUAUCAAAAGAUUUCAAAAAAAUGACUGUAGAUUAAUAAUAAGAAAUUCAUAAUAAAUUUAACAAAUUUUAUGAGAAAUAUUCAAAUUAAAUUUAAGAUGUGAAGAAUUCAUUAAAAUAAUAAUGAAAUAUAUUAAUUUAAGAGUAUUAUUAUUUUAUUUUAUAUUUUUAUAUAUUAAAUAUGGUAAAGAAUAGCUUAUAUCAUAGUCCAAAGUUUCUGUGGCAUCUACUUACACUAUAGGAGAAUCAAUAUCAUCUUUAGAUAUAAGUCAAGAAUAUACAGCUGCAGGUUUAUUGGAUGAAACAGUGGCAUUAUGGAAAGACAAAGUAUCAAAAGAAAAUGAACCAUAAAGAUUAGAAGGGCAUUUUUUAGGGAUUGUAGAUGUAAAAUUCUCAAAUAAUGGUGAAUUACUUGCAGUAAGUUCAUUAGAUAGUGUUAUACGUAUUUGGGAUUUAAAGAAAAGUAUAAAAUCAAAAGAAAUUGCAUGUGAUUAAAUGGAAAAUUGGAAUAUUUGUUGGUUGAAAGAUUAUAUAUGUACUGCAGGAGAGGGAGGCAGAUUAUCAAUCUUCAGUUUAGAUUAAAAUCAAGAAGAAAUUCCAGUAUUUUCAGUAGAAAACUCAUUUGCAUCUGCUUUAACUGCAAAUAAUGCAAAUAUUGCUGUUGGAACAGAUAGUGGUUCAUUACAUAUUGUUGAAGAUCCUAUAGAAAAGAGAAAACUUCAUUCAAAAAAAUUUCAUAAAAAAAUGGUGAGAUCUGUAAAAUUUAGUAAUGAUGGUUUUAAAGCUUUUACAAGUUCAGAUGAUGGAGAUAUUAAAUUAAUUGAUUUAACUAAAAUGAAAGAAAUUAAAACAUUUUAACAUCAUUAUUCUGUUAAUUCAAUUGAUGUUAAUCCAAUAGAUGAUAAAUUAGUUGUCAGUUGUUCAUCAGAUUAUAGAGUUAGAUUAUGGGACACAUAAUCUGGAUAAUGUAUUGAAUAAUUUAGUCCAUUUGAUAAAAAAGAUGAUAAAUUAUGGGCUGUUCGUUUUAAUAGAGAUGGAUCUUUAAUUGGAGUUUGUUCAUAACAAGGUUAAUUAAGUUUCUAUAGUAGAAAUUGAAAUUGUUAGAAAUAAUAAAAGUGUUAUAACC